AUGGAUUCUCGAGUAUCCCCCAGCUCACCCCUAUGGCGUGUCUUCGCCGAGGCUGAAACUGCCACAAUUUUGGUGCACAAAAAAGAGCAUCGACAGCGAGGCAUAGAUGCUAUGAACAUCAUGGCACAGGCUGUGUUCGAGGGGCAUCCGCUGGAAGAGUAUUUCAUAGAUUGUGAAGUCCCGGUCAUGCCUGGAGGCUGCUCGGGUUUCGCGCUCGCUGAACAUUCUGACACGAGUUCAAAUUUAUACGGACACAGUGAGAACUUGGAGAAACUGUGUUACCUUAUUUUUGAAGCCCUAGAGAUGAUUGGCACACUUUUCUCUUGUCGUGUGGCCAAAGGAACAAGCCAAUUCGCGGAACGCUUCAAGUACGAUGUCAUCUCGUCCACCCUCUUAUCCCCAUCGUUGUCUACGUCGCCUCACCCCCAUCGUCGUUCGCUUUCUCCAUCUAUACCUGGAAAACUUGGAAGCAGUCAUAGUAGAAAUACCAGCAGCACCGACAGCAGUAUGGCAUUCCGCCUACCAGACCAAGAGCUUGAUCAGUCGUCUGCUUCAUUAACUGCUGAUAAUGAGACACCAUUAUGGCCACUCACUCUCACAGUCACCUUUGCCGUCGCUGCAUUGAGUGCAAAAUUCUAUUUUCUUGCUAUAUUAUCGCUUGCUACCACAUCAUAUUAUGUAUACGUCCACAAUCUUGACGUUGUUGCCAAACCCGACAUUAUGAAACCUUCGAUUGAAGCAUUACAAGAUUUGGUAUCUGCGGGUCAGAUCUGGGGCUCAGUGUUCCAAGAUGCCUUUGAUAUCCUCGAGAGCGAAGAGCCAAGCUCAUAUGGAGUCAUGACUCCCUCGAGUCCGUCCUCGCCCCUCAGGAUCGCUCUUCAUUCUUCCCUUCUUACUACGCAGACCCAGUGCGAUAACGUUCGGCAACUGCUUUCCGCACUCACGUCUCCCAGUGAACUUGCGCAGUUAUCGGAGAUGUAUGCACCGCCAUCACCGGUAAAACCAACAUUCUCCCUCAAUGAUACUCCACGACCGCAGUCUCUCCCUGAAUCACGUCAACGGACUUCUUCGGUACCAGAUAGAAAGAGGUCUACAUGGAACGGGUCAUACUCUGCCCUUGCUCUCGCAGGCAGUCCUACGUUUCAUAUGGUCAGGCGGAGAGAAAAGCGCAGGUCGGACUUGUCGGCGCUCCUUGAAGCAACAUCUCCAUCGAGAAGAUCAAGCAUCAGCGCCCCCUCGAGUCCAUGUCACACAAAAACGUUACCUGAUGUUCAAGAAGAAGGCGACCAGCAAGAACAGGAGAACACUCGUCCCCCCUUGGAGGAAGACGAAUACUUUGGCGCGGCGGCGCUCACAUUGCAAAGAAAGCGGAAGAGUGGUGGACUGGAGACCUUGAGCCUAUCAUCCAGGAAUUCGUUUGCUUCUUUAUCGAGGAGUAACUCCGAUCCAAAACGAUCCUCGGGUUCUUCAGGCUCUCGCUUCACCUUGAUGCAAACUACACGGCAUCCUCUCUCGCUCUCAUCACUACAUCAAGCCUUACAGGGUGCAACUGCCUCAAAGAGAUAUGCUUGCUCUCACCUACUAGCUCUGCGCUUCGAAGAUGAUGAAGACGAGGGAUAUUGGGAAGACGUGCGAUCUGUUAUGGGUCUUUUGACGUCAACGUUUGUCGAUGCAUCAUCGAGGCUAUCUGAAGCGUUCGACGAGCUCGAUGAACAAAAGCUAAAGGAUCAAGACACAGCUUCUGAGUCGAGUGUUUCCAUAUCACGGUCAGGAAGCAUGUCGCCCAUCCCCGAAAGCUCCAUACGGCAUCUCUCCCAAACUCAUCCAGGAUCAUUUGCUCCUAUGCCUAGUCAGGUGUCGCGAUUCGCGGCCCACGUGGAUACCAUAUCUUCCGCUAUAAACGAUGCACGGGAUAACCUUGAGCAAUGCGUUGCAGCUUUGAAAGUUGACUCGUCAGCGGAGUCAACGGACGAUAAUUGCCAACCUCAUGACGUCUCACAGGAUCAUCCUGCCCUGCAAGCCUACGAAAGACUGCGACGUGAACUGGGCCUUGCCUUACGAGAGUGCGAGCGAGGUAGAGAAAGACUCAUCGAUAUCGUCUUUCCACCGAAAUCUUCUUCUUCCGAGGAGGAAGCCGACGACUUACCUGCUCUAGGUCCGGACGCAGGUACCGAUGAGUCAGAUAAAGCAGACUUCACACCACCUAUGCUUGAUAUGUUCCGGAGAAGGGAUGAAGGUGAUUCUAUCGGGGUAACAAUUGUAUCGCCCGAUGGGGAGGAAAUUGACACUGACGACGUCUCGUCCCAUCUUUUGCUCACCACAUCAUCCCAGCAUCUGCCACCGCGCGGUAUCGAACAGAUCUUUGAAGGGGAGACUGAGUUGAAUGUGCCUUUUAUGCGGGAAAAAUCAAAAUUGACAAGGGAAGAACGGAUAAAAUUGGCCAGGGCCAAACGGGACAGUAAAAAUUCUAAUGAUGGUUUAGGUUCAGAGUCGCAAGUGGAAAGAUGGGGUCCAGGUGGAGAGGUCGUACAGGAAUUGAAGGAUGUCAUCUGGAAGGUUGUAUUUCGCGUUUUUGCGUUGCUUUCAUAUGGAAUUAAUAUUGCACAUUACGGUCUUGAUAGAUCGGAAGCUGAAGAAUUGGAAUUCAUUCGCGAGGUUAUACAUGCGGUAACACAAGAAAAAGAAAAACAGGUGAGAGGAAAACAAGAUGAAGAUCGUAACCAAACUAUCGCAACACUGGGCAAGGAAUAUCAAGAGACAAAGGGAAAGCGGAUCUAACUGAGAGACAAGAGCUGGGUGCAGCAUUUUGAAAUAAAUAAAGGAAAUCCACAUAGAAAAACAAACAUUAUGUACGCAGAUGAAGCGGAAUAUACGAUGAUAAAUGCACCACACAAAGAUGAAACAAGCAGAAAACAUAGUCCAGGAAGAAAGACUCUUAUUCUCGGGUCACUUGGUAAGAUCCAAACCUCCCACAUCAUCCGGGUUGAACCAUUGGCCAAAAUCUCGUUCAAAGUUCAAAUCUCCGUCCUGUCUGAAUAGCGACUGGUCGACAAACUCGUCUAGCGACUGCAUAAAGUCGCUUGGAUUCGUAAGAGUACUCGAAAACAGGUUGGUGGGAAUACUAUCAGAUAGUGUAGCUGUCGCUGACGGAUUAAUAGAGGAACCUAGUGCCGAUGGAGUGCCAUUGAUCGCUGAUGGGGAUGGAGCUGUCAUGCUAGAGGUAGUGCCCGCACUUGGCGUUGGAGGAGCAGUACUGCCCUGUGGAGGAUUGCUGGUAUUGGGGGGGCCUUGGCCCUGCUGUUGACCGGGAUUAGGUGGAGGAUUUCGGGGUGAGCCUUCUGGAUGGUUAUUUGCGUUAUUCCCUGGCCCCUUGUUAUCCUUGUUUGGACCAGAUUGAUCUUUUGAUGGCCCACCCAUCGCAGGCGAUCGCGGUGGCAUCAUGCCUAGCUGCUUAUUUUGAACCAUCCUGUUGUUAGGUCCACCGGGGAACUGAGAUCCCUGUCCCUGAGGCUGAUUGUUGAAUGUCGGAUCGGUGGACGAGGGAGAACCACCACCAAUAUUUCCACCAAGGACACUCGGUGGGAGUCCGUUCUUGUGCAAAGUAUGCAUAGAUUGUCGAUAUUGCAUCUAGCUGCAUUGCCAUCAUUCCGCCUUGGCCCUGAUGGUUCAUGCCUGGACUCAUCGUACCACCACCCAUUGCCAUCAUUCCUCCUUGGCCC